AUGGGAACGACCCUACUCGUUGUAAUACUCAUUGUGGUAUUGUUCGCAACUGCAAAUAACGAACAAUGCCAUACUCAUAACAAAAGGUGGAUUACUUGUAGUUGUAUCGGAAACGAGGAAUUCGUUCUACCGGAAGAAUACAAUUACACGGACACUCUCAGUGUAUCGAUUACAGGAUGCGUUUCAGCGAGUCUCUAUUACUCCAGUUUUCCGGAGGCGAGCAAUAUCGAGGAACUAAUAGUUCAAAAUAUCAGUGGCAAUCUGAAUUUUGACGUCUUCUUCACGUCGAGUCACCUGACACUAUUGAAACUCUCGAACAUUGGUCGGAUACCGAAGAUAUCGAGCCACACGUUCACGAAUUUGAAAGCUAUUGACACGCUCGCGAUCGAGGACACGCUCAUCGAGACUCUCGAGGAAGAGUUUGCCUACAUCAAUGUCACGCACUUCAUCAUGAUGAACGUUACGAUCGAGCGGGUACCCUGCCUAAACGUCUCCGAGAAGGGCACGAAGUUGCGCAUAGUGAACAGCAAGCUGCGUAAUGUCACGGAAACCUUGAAUUUCGCCAAUUUCUUAAACAUCGAGAUCAUCGGCUCCAAGUUCGAAAUGCAGAAACCGGGGCUAAUGUCCAUCCAAGGCGACGUCGCUAUUGUGAAGAACAACAUUUUCUCAAACGUGAGCAUGAAUUUCGUCGCUACAACUGCCAUCGUGAUAAACGGCAUUUGCGCGGAUGGCAAGAGCACUCUAAGGCUCAGUUCGAGGAGCAUCGACAGCACAGAUAACAGACUACCGAAUGAAAUAGCUUAUCCAGGAAACGAUCAGCGUGGAGAACCCCUCACAGAAUUUCUCACGAUUCGAAACAAUACGGUCUGCAGAGCAGGCAACUGCAAAUGCUCAAUAAGCAACGGACAGGCUUCGUGUCCUAUCCGAAUCAACCCAAAGUACAUUUUCUUGUUAACAGGAUUUAUAUUUAUACGCUAUCUUUGAUGCCUUCGCUAUGUUG